CUUACCAUGAGCCUUCGUGACGUCAAAACACUCUCAGACAGGAAGGAGGUCAAUGGCGGGGAUAUGCAAACACUUGUAGACUCCUUGCUAAUUGAGCACAAGAAAGUUCUGAUACGGCCUCAAUUGGUCGGCCCUGUUGUCCGCCGACGGAGAGAUAGACAGACGCUUCAGAGAUUGGCCUUUCUGGUUUCACAGAUUCGGGAUCUGGGAUCUACAAAUGGGUUUUCCGAAUCCCAGAUCGCGUCUCUCCUGGACAUAAUCGUCGAACCUCAAUUUGAUCCAACGUUAGCCCGGGCAUUGGUGGAGUCCCUCUAUCCCAAGGAGCAGGUGUCUCUUACGGCGGUACGAAAGGUUUUGGCCUUCUUAGGAAAUCCAUCGCUGAAUACCGCUCGGUGUUCAUUGAAGGCAGCUCUUCUGACUUGGCUGACGAGGGUUUUAGCUGCCAUAAACCCUGCUGACCGCAAGAUGCUCGCUUCGAAGUACUACGGCGUGCUGUUCCAUUACCUGGCGGUACCAAACCUACAACGCGCGAUUUGCUCUUUGUUAUGCAAUCUUACCGAGGAAUAUCAUGUUAAACCCUACCGAAUACGGAAGCUGCAACAAAUAUGGGCGAAGGCGCGACACGAGCCGACACAUUUGGGCUCCCUCAUUGGUACCUUCCAUCGAUUUAGGCCUUACUUGGUUGAUAUGCCACCCAAUUGUCCACACAUGGAGGUGGAGAUUUCCGACGUCCUCUGGUGUGCAUUGUCAAAGAAUAUACGCGACAAGUGGGCAGCGGCAAAAGGCGUAUCCUCUCUUAUCUUGGAUGAUGAAAGUAUGCGGGAAGAUCUGCGAUUAUUGGCGGAUUUCCGCAACCACGUACAUGGAAAAAGGGAACGUGAUGAUGUGUUUUUGGAAAAACAUAAACUUCAAUCUGUAUACUCUUUGCAACGCUUAUUGGAGAUUCAGGAGUCUGCUGGAAGAAGUCUGAGAGCACUGCUGCAGUCUUAUGAUUGUAUAUCUUUAGCAGCAGAGAAGUUGAAACUAUGUCUAGACUGUUUACUGCUGACGACCAAGGCAGCACAGACGUUAUCUGAUGCCGCGCACCAGUCAUUGCUUGCAUACGUUGAAAUGUGGGACGGCUCGGCUAAUUCUGAGGUGGUGUUCGAGCUAGCCACAUAUAUGCCGUUGUUCUCGGACGAAGUAUUUUCCCGCAGAUUUUUUAAUCCGCUGCUUAAACUGUAUAAAACGUCAAAUGUUUUUUGGAAGGCCUCCCUGAUUCACAUGUACAUAGGACUGCUGAUUCGCUGGGGGCAUCAUGAGUGGCCCUUGCAUUUAGGGCUAGCGGUGGAACAAGAGAGUGCUGAGAAGAAGCAGCGCCGAUUAUUGGGGCAUCUCCGUCUCAUGUAUGACCUAAUCCUUCAGAUUGAUAAACUUCUUUUAGUUGGUCUUGUGAUGGAAAGGGAUUCGUUGUGCUUGCAACACGCCGCGUUGCGCUUCUGGGAGACGGUCCCUUCCCUGCUGAGAGAAUUUCGAGUACCGGUCAUGCCCUUGCCUUCAGCCCCUCUUGUAUAUCGUUUAUUCUUUUCCGGGUCAGCUAUGGCCAUAUCACGAAUUUGCAGCGUGGUUGCUGAUUACAAGGAGGCCUAUGCUAUUGUUGACGUACUCAAUGCUAGCGAAAAAGAGGCAUUCUACAAUGCCGAUCCGACAGAGGUUACACAACUAAACGCUUAUGUCACGGAUAUGGUCGAUUGCAUCUACUUGAACAAAGCCUUCAUGAACGACAGCCGGUUUGCGAAAUUCUUCAAUAUCUCUUCUGAGGCGUUGGAUUUCAUCCUUUCGCUCGCUGAACGGAAUCGAACGGACCCUCAACGCCUAUUCAGCUUUGCCUUCUCGUCCACGAUGGCGCUUCAUGCAAACGAAUAUACUCGGGUGUGUGAGAAUGUAUUGGGGGUAGACAAGCCCCAUUUCCGUCCGAUAACACCGAAGUUGCUGAUGUCCAAAGAGAACCCGAUGAUGUCAUAUAACGAAUGGCGAUUGUACUUAUUAGAGUAUUUAAGAGAGCGGGGGUACACAGGGAUCUAUUAUUUCUUAUAUACCUCUGUGCGCUCCUUAACGUUACGCGCUUUUCCAAACCCGAGUUAG